AUGGAUGCGAUCAAAAAGAAGAUGCAGUCCCUCAAGUCGGAGACUGAGAAUCUCAUGAAAGGCAUUGCCGCUCUAGAGGCUGAGACAAAAGCCUCCAACGAUGUGGCCAAUCAAUGCGAAGUAGAUAUUCGAGACAUUAGUAAAAAGAUCUCCAUGUACGAGUCGGACUUUGAUGAGACUAACGACAAGCUGGUGAAGACCACCGUCACCCUUGAGGAGAACGAGAUCGUGUUGAAGUCCACAGAGGACGACGUCAACGCCCUCUCUCGACGACAAGCUCUACUAGAGGAGGAGGUCAAAAAAGCCGAUACCACCUUGGCCGACACGGUCAUGAAACUGGCCUUUGCCUCCAAAGAGGCUGAUGGGAUCCUCAAGAAGGUCAAGUACUUUGAGACCAAGACCAUGCGAAAUGAGGUGGAGAUCGAGGAAUUGGACAAAACCCUCCGGGAAACGAAGAGAAUGGGAAGCGACUCCGAGCAAAAGUUGGACGAAAUGACCCGACGAUUGGGCCAAAAGUUGGACGAAAUGACCCGACGAUUGGGCGUUCAAGAGGAGGAAUGCAAGCGAUCCAUCGAAAGGGCUGAGGCAUCAGAGUCUAAGAUUCUUCAAUUAGAGGAAGAGUUGGCGGCUGUGGGCGAGAAUAUGAAACAGCUCGAGAUUUCCGCUGAGAAAGCACAGCAAAGAGAGGAGAAGCUCAAGGAGCAGAUCCAUUCCCUUUUGGCCAAGUUGAAGGUGGCCGAGGCUCGCUAUGAGUAUGGCGAGAUGAACAUUACUAAGCUCAAUCACCGUAUCGAUGAUAUUGAGGAUGACAUCUAUCGCGAGAAGCUCAAGAUCAAGAAGGUGUCCGACGAGCUGGACGAGACCUUUGAUGACAUGCUGACCAAUUACUAAUCUGAAGGAAUGAGAACCAUCGGGAACCCCUAACUAAUCUUCUCUCUCCAUAUAUCAUCCAUUGCUGCCAAGAAAACUCCACCAACCAAGUGCUCGCCACAUUGCUCGUUUUGGAAUUGUCCUUGCUUCCUUCCUUCAUGAAAUAAAACUGCAACUGUUCAGUUGACAUAUGUUGAA